AUGUCGGCCGUUCAAGCUCUCAAAAAGUUUCGUCUUCACGAGCUGAAAGGCCUUCAGAGCCAUAUCUCCCGCUUUGGACCUCUUCCUGCUUCUGAAUCAUCUUCUGGCGUCCCUCUCCCAAAUCCUUUUCUUCCUCACAAAAAUCCACAAACCGGAAGAUGGGCCCCGCCUAAAUAUUCUCUGCGACGUCAGGCAGAGCUGAUAAAGAAGGCUAAAGCCUCCAAUAAUCUCGAGCUACUUCCUCCAGGACCAAAGCUCUCUGUCCCUGCUGCCAGUAUCUGGAGUCAAAGGCUGGACGCGACUGUUGGUUCAUCUCAAAAGUUGGCGGUAUUGGAUGAGACGCUAGCUUUUCCUGUGGAUUGGAUUGGAGAAUUCAAGCUGAAGGUGGCGGAUGGAACAGACUUGGGUGCACGGCUGUAUACAGGAAAGAAGAGGAUGUUCAAAGGACACAAAUGGGAGCGGGUCAGAGAGCGUCGGGCUGCUCACCAUACUAUGUUGUUGAAAGACAUGGACAAGCGCGUCAGGAGGUACAAGAAACAACAUCUGAAGAAGAGACCAAAUCCUCUCAAGGUUUCUCGAAAGAUAUCUACAAAAUUACCGUUCUAG